CAACCAACUAUUUUCACUGGGAUUGGAAUUCCACCCUGCAUUCCUUCUCAAGUCCAUCAGGCCUUGCUGAACAUAUUGCAUUUGCUCCUCGGCAGUCAGCGCUUCCACCUGCAAAAUGAGUUUUCGGCUUCAAUUUUGGUCUGCUAUCCUCUGUUAUUGUCUAUAUUUCCUAUACUCCGUAGCACUAAUCAAACCAACUACAGCCAGCAGUUUAUUCAGUUCCUCAGAUGAGACUGACCGGCAAGCUUUGCUUGCCAUCAAGUUUCGAAUUGAGAGCGAUCCUUUCCAGUUCUUAACUUCUUGGAACAAUUCUUCUCAUUUUUGCAGUUGGCAUGGUGUCAGGUGCAACACCAUGGAUCAAAGAGUGACUGCCUUGAACCUGUCAUCGCUGGAAAUCAGGGGAGCUUUGUCCAUUUCCAUAGGUAACCUGACAUUUCUUGAGGAACUUAUCCUUGAUAAUAAUUUCUUUCAUGGCACAAUACCAUAUUCAUUGGGGAAUUUAUCCAAUUUACGCAUCCUUAGUGCAUCAGAUAACGUUCUUGAAGGGAGGAUUCCUGAAGAACUUGGAAAGUUAUCCAAUUUGGAGUUUCUUAAAUUGUCUUCCAACAAAUUGUCUGGUGAAGUACCCUUGCAGCUUUUCAAAAUCUCAUCAAUUCGGUAUCUUAAUCUUGCCUCCAACUAUUUAAAUGGUUCUUUCCCCUCAGAUUUCGGCCUGAACCAUUCAAAACUUCAUACUUUCGUCGUUGCAGAAAACCAGUUUUUUGGACCUCUGCCUGUAUCCAUUACCAAUGAUUCAGGACUUGUAAUCUUGGACAUUGGUACAAAUGCUUUAUCUGGACCGGUACCCAUGAAUAUGGGAGACCUUAAACAUUUGCAAAGGUUAGAUUUUUCAAAGAAUCCUCUUGGAACUUCCGAUAGUACUGGCUUAAACUUUCUGGCUUCCUUGACUAAUUGCACUAUUCUGAGAAUUCUGCAUUUGUAUGCCAACAAUCAUGGAGGCGCUUUGCCCAUUUCUGUUGCAAAUCUGUCCACCAAACUCACAUCGCUAAGGCUUGACAAAAACUAUAUAUCUGGGGAAAUCCCUGUUAACUUAGAGAACCUUGUCAACUUAGGGAAUCUGGCAAUGGGUCAGAACAUGCUGACAGGGCGCAUCCCUAAAUCUAUUGGGAAACUAACCAAGCUAGAGGGCCUCUAUCUUUCAGGAAACAGAUUCAUCGGUAAGAUCCCUGGUUCCGUUGGAAAUAUUACUCAGCUAAGUAUCCUUGAAAUGCGAGGAAACAAGUUAGAUGGAAGCAUACCUUUUUCUUUGGGUAAUUAUACAAGAUUGCAAGGAUUGGAUCUUUCAAGUAACAGGCUUACUGGCGCCAUACCUAAAGGUCUUUUUGGGCUUUCUUCACUCACUUACAAUCUCAACUUAGCACACAACCUUCUCAGCGGACCUUUACCAUCAGAGGUGGGUAAAUUGAUAAAUCUUGGGAGCUUGGAUGUUUCAAACAAUAGAUUGUCUGGAGAACUUCCAGUUACCAUUGGCGAAUGUGUAUUUCUGGAGUUUCUUAGUCUUCAGGGUAACGGUUUUAGUGGUCAGAUUCCUGAAUCAUUGUACAGCUUGAGGAGCAUUAAACUCCUAGACCUUUCUAGAAAUAACAUUUCUGGUUCCAUUCCUCGGAGCCUGGAAACUCUUCGCUAUAUACAGUAUCUGAACCUUUCAUUCAAUUCUUUGGAAGGCGAAGUCCCCAGUGGAGGCCUAUUUUUUAACUCUACAGCUUUUUCAGUAACUGGAAAUGGAAAGCUUUGUGGAGGUGUAAAGUCUUUACAGUUGCCUAAAUGUCAGAGGCUAUUACCAUCAGCGGAAGGGAAGACUUCAUUGUUUGUAGUUCUGAUCCUUGUUUCCGUUAUUUUCCCUAUUGUUUUGCUGCUAGCUUACAUUCAGCAAAAAUGCCAGAAAAAGGUAAUUUUUGGUUAUUUUCUGUACGUUCCUUGCAUCCGUUGGUGGCACAAAAUAAAUACAAGAAUUUCCAGCAUAGAGCUAACAUCAGAUUCUCCUCUGGGAGAUCAAUUUCCUAAGAUUUCUUAUACAGAACUUUUUCAAGCCACAGAUGGCUUUUUUGAAGGUAAUUUGAUUGCUAGGGGAAGAUAUAGUUCAGUCUACACGGGCAGUCUUAAUUACAGUGACAAAACAGUUGCUGUGAAGGUAAUCAACCUUCAAAACCAAGGAUCCAGAAGGAGUUUUACGGCUGAAUGUGAAUCACUGCGAAAUGUUCGGCACAGGAAUCUUGUCAAGAUCAUUACAGCUUGCUCAGGCACGGACUAUGAAGGCAAUGAAUUCAAAGCCUUGGUAUAUGAGUUCAUGGCUGGUGGGAGUUUGGAGAGCUGGUUGCAUCCAAGUUCGAGUAACUUAAUGCAGCCAAAGAACUUGAACCUGAUUCAGAGGCUUAAUAUUGCCAUAGAUGUCGCCUCGGCAUUAGUGUAUCUUCACCACUUCUGUGCCAUUCCAGUCAUUCAUCGUGAUAUAAAGCCAAGUAACAUUCUUCUUGACAAUGAGCUCUGCGCACAUUUAGGUGACUUUGGCUCUGCGAGGUCUCUUUUGCUUGCGAUUGAUAGAUCAAGAUACGACGGAAUCCGUGCAAGAACAAUUGAACUUGUAGGAACUGUUGGAUAUGUUGCUUUAGAAUGUGGCAUGGGGGCACCAGCAUCAACACUUGUUGAUGUCUAUAGCUAUGGUGUACUUUUGCUGGAGAUGUUUACUGGAAAAAGGCCCACAAACAGCAUGUUCGAAGAUGACUUUUCCCUUCGUAACUAUGUGAAGAUGGCACUCCCAGAUCAAGCUAUGAGGAUUGUUGAUCCUAGACUAUCAUCAGAAUGCGAAACUGAGUCAGGCAUGAUGGCCACUGACACUCAGACCAGAUCAUGCGGCAGACAUAGGUUUGAAAAGUGCCUGGCUUCAAUUUUCCAUAUUGGGGUUACAUGCUCAGCUCAUUUGCCAGAGAGAAGGAUGCACAUAGCAGAUGUUUUGAUGGAACUGCAGGCUGCUAGAGACUUGUAUUUGAGGUGUGGAUAACAAGGUAAAAUGACUUUAUGGAUGAUAACAUAGCAAUUUUAAACCAUAAGAUAUUUAGGGUCACCCGAUUUUAAGAUAACAAAGCAAAGUUUGAAGGUUCCCAUAAAAAUAAGGUUUGGUACAAUGCUCAUUAUUGUUUCUAUGAUUCCGAUAUUAAUUUUUUACUUUCCCAAUGCCCAGGACUUUUACCUUAAUUUAAAUACUACUCCCUCCGUCCCAUUGUUAUCGUCA